CCUGCGCGGAGAGAGGCCGGAAGCCCGGGGCGCUUGCAGGUGGCAGCAAUGGCAGACGGCGGCCGAGCUCCUCAGGCCCGGGCGCUCCUUCAGCAGUGCCUGCACGCGCGAUUGCAAGUUCGCCCAGCCGAGGGAGACGCCGCGGCCCAGUGGGUAGAGAUUCAAAGAGGAUUAGUGAUCUAUGUGUGUUUCUUCAAGGGAGCUGACAAAGAACUUCUUCCCAAAAUGGUUAAUUCACUGUUAAAUGUAAAAUUAAGUGAAACAGAAAACGGCAAGCGCGUCUCUGUCUUGGAUCUACCUGGCAACAUUCUUAUCAUCCCGCAAGCCACCCUUGGGGGCAGAGUCAAAGGAAGAAAUGUGCAAUAUCAUGCUAACUCUGGAAAAGAAGAAGGAUUAGAACUUUAUUCACAAUUUGUGUCUCUAUGUGAAAAAGAAUUAGCUGCUAACAGCAAGUGUGCGGAAGCUGGGGUUGUAGUGGAACAUGGCACUUACGGGAACAGGCAGGUAUUGAAGCUGGAUACCAACGGACCGUACACACACUUAAUUGAGUUUUGAAAACUUAAAUCUAGUUUAUACAACAGUUUUUAUGUGUAAUAUCUGAACUAUAAUUAAAUUUCCUUCCCCUUCAUUUUAAA